UAAGAUUUAGGGUUUAUGUUUUUCCUCUAUAAUAACAUAUAGACGACGACCUCCUAGCAGUCAUGUCUUACGAUUACCUCUUCAAGCACAUUGUCAUCGGAGACUCAGGUGUAGGGAAAUCAUGUCUGGUACUGCAAUUUACGGACAAGAGGUACCAGAAAGAACACUAUAUAACAAUUGGAGUGGAGUUCGGUGCUCGCAUUGUCACCAUUGAUGGCCGAUCCAUCAAACUCCAUAUUUGGGAUACUGCUGGACAAGAAAGGUUCAGAUCCCUCACUAGCAUUUACUACAGAAGUGCAGCUGGAGCUCUUCUGGUUUAUGACAUUACCAGGAGAGAGACAUUCAAUCAUUUAGCAAGUUGGUUGGAGGAAGCUCGACAGAAUGCGAACCCCAACAUGACAAUUACACUCAUAGGAAACAAGUGUGAUCUGGCUCAUCGUAGGGCCGUCAGCAAAGAGGAAGGGGAACAAUUUGCAAAAGAAAAUGGGCUUUUAUUCUUCGAGGUAUCUGCAAGAACAGCUCAGACUGUUGAUGAGGCUUUUAUAAAGACUUCUGCUAAGAUUCUUAAGAAUAUCCGGGAUGGCGUGUUUGAUAUGUCCAACCAGUCAACAGGUAUCCAGGUUGGUUAUGGAUGCAACCAGGGACCAGCAGAUGGAACUCUUACUCAGAGAGGUGGAUGUUGUCGUUAACUGAUGCGGAAAUCGUCUACACGUUUGAUCCUUCUGUGCAGUCCUGCUUCCCACAUCCCCCUUGAAUAUAUGUUGGAAAUGUUAUGCGAAUCCAAAACAACAUUGAAUGGAUAGAAUUAACAUAUGCUCUUCUCUAUAUUGAAUACAGUUAUACUGAUAGCCAAUAUUUUGGUGCUGGAAAACUUGCCCCCGGAGGGGAUUUUCAUUUUUACAUGAUAGUGAAAUAACUAUAAUUAAAGAAUUUCAAGGUG